CACAGUCUCGUGACUACACUCUGGACAAUAGUCAAGUGAUCCAACAUAUUAAAGACGAGUGCAGGCUAAACUAUUGUAACCUAUUAGUAUAUUCUCUGGCGAAAACAUGGCGUAACACGACCGAACAUUAUGGAUACUCUGAAUCGUCUGUCUGUGAGACGAUAAGGGAAAGAAUGAUCAACAGUUUAGACGAACGACAUCCAAUAUGAGAUUUGACUGAUCGCCAUUUUGGACAAAAACAAAGACGCAAAGAACAACACAUAUUGAACCAACAAACAUUGCAAAGAUUGGAUAAUGGAGAUAUUGACGUGCUGUCUCGGAUGUCCAGGUUGUGCGGACCAAGUCUACAGCAGAAAAAUGGUAGUAGUAGGAGAUGGAGCAGUUGGUAAAUCGAGUCUACUGCUUCGAUUCUCCAGUAAUGAAUAUCGUGAUGAUAUAUACCAACCAACGGUUAUGGAGACUGACGUCAUAUGUUUAGAACUAGACAAUAAAGAGGUGCGAUUAACGGUGUUUGAUACUUCCGGUCAAAGAGAGUAUGACAGGUUACGUCCCUUGGCUUACAAUUCUAAUGAUGUUGUCAUCAUUUGUUUUAGCCUGGAUAAUCCGGGCAGUUUAGAAAACGUAGUGCGUGAUUGGAAUCCGGAAAUACGUCACUUUUGUGGGAAAAUCCCUAAAAUUCUUGUAGGAAAUAAACUUGAUUUACGCGACGGUGAAGAGUACAUAUUACAGAAUAAAGAUGGCUGUGUGACGUAUCAACAAGGAAGUGACGUAGCUGAUAAAAUAGGAGCUGUAGGAUAUAUUGAAUGUUCAGCGAAAAAUAAUAUUGGUGUUAAGAAUGUUUUCUACACGGCCAUACGGGCUUCUUUAAAACACAGACGAAGAAGAUAACACAGGCAUCAUUUAGUCAACUUGGCGGACCUACCUUUUAGAGGUCCCGAGACCUGAUUGUUAUCAGGAUGUUCGAACUAAUGGUAUUUGAUAAUAUAAACAGAAAAACGGCAAUAUGGUGUUGAGCCGGGCUGCAUUCUUGAUAUAGACUGGGGCGAUCCUUCCGGUUGUAUCAAGCUGUUAGCUUACAUGUUAGGGGUGUCGCCUACCGGACAUACAAUAGCAUGUAGACCCUUGUGUUCGGAGUGUGGACACAUUGACCAGUGCCGGGGGGGGGGCGUUGGGCACAUCGACGAGUGCCGGGGGGGAGGGAGAACACAUCGACGAGUGCCGAGUGGGACAAACUGAUCAGUGCUGGGUGUGACAAAUUGACGAGUGCCGGGUGACAAAUUGACGAGUGCCGGGUGGGACAAAUUGACGAGUGCCGGGUGGGACAAAAUGACCGGUGCCGGAAGAUACGCAUUGACCAGUACUUACUCUAUUGCACGUCUAGGGUGACAUGUUAGUUGCAAUUCGAAGCGAAGAAGAGUAGACAUAGAAACACUGCCCCAACCCCCCGUCCCCUCUCGCACUGGUAACCAUAUAAAUAAUAGAGUAUAUUAGUUUCAUGUAUCUAAGUGAAGUAUGGACGAGACGUUAAACUCUAGUUCUAACCAAUAAAAUGAAAUGCAGUUUAACGUCCUUCUUUUCUACACCGACUGGGCUAUUGACUACCGUUAUACGCCAUACAGCGUAGUAUAACAAGACAUUAUACCCGAACAGCGGCACUACGACCUACUCUUAUACAGAAUUCCAACUAUCAAGGUUCUUUUACGUGCACGCCGAUUAAAUUAAAUAACCGAGACUGACAAUCCCAGUUUACUACAAUAUACCAAACAUUAAGAGAGAGAGAGGGAGAGAGAGAGAGAGGGAGAGAGAGAGAGAGAGGGAGAGAGA